AUGAAGGCGAGUGCGUCGACCCCGACGUUGGAAGCGGCCAAGGCACAGCGACAGAAGGAGCUUCUCAGAAAGAAAAAAGGGGAGCGAAGAGCGCACGCGAAACAGCGAGCAGCUGAGAAACAGCGACGUCUCGAUGAGAAGAAGCAGAAGCGUGAGCUUAAAAGGAUGAUCGAGGAAGACGCGCCAGCGAUCGACCGAGCUGACACUUCAACCCCGUGUUUUGGCACUGAGCUCUCCACGCGCUCGAAGCUCAACAUCAUCAUCGAGAUCAUGUUCCUCAUCCUGUUCUUGUUCGGACCAAGGAACGUGCUCCUCGUGCUCUUCGUCCUGUUCUUGCUCCUCCAGUUCUAG